AUAACAUACCCAUUUUGAGUAUUUCCUCCGUUGUUGAUGAUACCCAGGUAACUUUAGAAAGAACUUUUCAAGAAUAAAGUUGAUCUGGUAGAAGAAGAAGAAGAAGAAGAAGGAGAAGGAAAAAUUGAGGUAGUCGGAGAAGAUUCUUUAUUUAGAUCCGAGAGUUGAAUUUUGUUCAAUUUAUGAUACCCGACUGUCCUACUUGAUGAGUUCGCAAAAGUGAAUAUUCAGAGGAACCACGCAAUCUUGAUCUAGGUAGUCACGUUACAUUCUUCUAUUUUAGUUCAGUUGAUUUUAUUUCAUUCACUUUCAGUUGGUGGCUCGUUGUUGAAGUAGCAUCAGCCGUACAAAAGGAAAGAACUAUCAUAGAAGGAGCAAGGCACAAGAAGCAAAAGCAUUUUUUGACUUGGCCAACAAUCAGCGCGGUAUAUCAUCAUGUUCAUUCUCACCAAAAUUGCUGAUUUAGUUCAAAUCGCGCCUCAAGAUUUGGGGAAAAAUGCUAGUCAAGCAAUUGAGGAUAACAUCAACCUUAAAUAUGCCAACAAGGUGAUUCAGAAGAUUGGUCUUUGUAUCUGCUUUUAUGAUCUUCUCUCGGCCUCGGAAGGCUUGAUUGGUCAUGGUGAUGGUCUUGUAAAUGUCAAUGUUGAAUUUCGCAUCGUCGUGUUUAGACCUUUCAAAUUUGAAAUCAUGACAGGAAGGAUUAGCAGUUCUAUUGAGAGUGGUAUUAGAGUUCGGACUCACUUUUUUGAUGAAAUCUUCGUCCCCGCAAAAAUGCUACCAGACGGUUCACACUUUAACCACAAUGAGCAAGUUUUCAUCUGGGAGACCGAAGAAGGUACACAACUUUACUUCGAUAACCAGGAAACAGUGCGAUUUCGGGUCGACUCCGAGCAAUGGAAUGAUCAAGCACCACUGGGCCCUGAAAAGCAAGAUGACAGUGAGGAAUCACGAGUAAUUGAAGCGCCUUACAAGAUAGUAGCUUCGAUGGAAGAAGUUGGAUUGGGGCCUUGCUUAUGGUGGGACUAAGGAGAAACGGACGCACAAGAAGUUUCAAGGGGGCCAAAACAAUUAUGUGGAGCAAUAUCAUAUGCAUUUCUGGAGUUUAGGA